AUGGAGGUCGAACGUAGCUGUGAAGCAUGGACUCCUGAGUAUUUUAUGGAGAAUGAAUCGAUGUGUUUGGAACGGUUGUCGGAGAACUCGGUAUGGUCGUCGAUCCCGCUGCUGAACUGUACUGAGCUUGCUCACCUGCCAGACGGUAGGCUGGUGCGAUUUCGGGGCAUGUUACAGGAUAUGCAAGAUCCAGAGUGCUACCUCGAGCGGUACACUGUACGCUGCAAAUCGAACCAAACGGUCUUGCGCCAACAGAACGGCAAAUAUCGGGACAUACUUGUCUACAAUGAAGCAAAGGAACUAGUGGACAGUGGUUGCAACGCAGACAACACGUUUGGGGAGCGCCGAUCGAUGUUUGUCGUCAGCAUUCCAGGGCAGAACGAAUGGGCGCUGGAGUACGAAAAGCAACAGAACGGUGUAGGGUCAACGAUCGUUUCCACUGAACCCGCCAAUGAAGAGCAGCGUGUAGUCUUGAAGCGUUCACACGAAGAUGAGAUGGAAGUGGAAGAAGCGACUUCAGCAACAAUCGAUGAUUUAACGACGGCAGCAGCAUCACCAGUGACCGCAAAGAAUGAAUUUAAGAGGAUGGCCACCAGCGCACCCCAGGCGUCAACUACGGCGAAUGGUGUGACUGUCCUUUCGGCCGAUUAUCUGCUCAAUUCUCCCAUCACCGAGCGUCCUGGUAAGGCGUGCUUAGUAAAGCUGUACAACAACUACGACGAUUGGACGCUAAACACCGUCAUAGAAGUGGUCGGUUUCUUGUCGGUUGAUCCGGCCCUUGACGGAAGUGGCGAUAGCACCGGUAUGGAUGAGUUUGUCGACGAUGUUACCGAGCACCAAGCAACCCAUCCGCCACCCUCGUUGAUUCCACGGCUACACGCCCUUAGCAUGCGCAAGCUAUCGCACUGUAACCCGCUUUUGCUGGAAGCGGACGGACUGGAAGCCGAACAACAGGGCGUUACCGAGGCGACGUACAAGGACCUGCACAACCUGUUUACCCAAUGUCUGUUCGGGGAUCGCGUGGCGGCCGAAUAUCUUCUGUGUCACCUCGUGUCGUCGGUUUACAUACGGGAUGAGGUCGAAUCGAGGGGUCAGUUCUCUCUUAAUCUCAGCAACAUUCCGACCGAGGUGUUGCCAAGAUACACGCACUCGUUGUACGAGCUGCUGGAGCUACUUUUGCCGGCAAGUCACUACUUUGCGAUGACGCUGGAGAACAUGAACACGAUGCAGUUUGUACCCAAGAAAGAUUAUGUGACGAACAAACUGACGAGCGGGCUGCUGCAGCUAGCUCCCCACACUCACCUCGUGUUGGACGAAACACGGCUGCAGGCCGGGAAACUUGAAUCAGCCGGCGUGGAAGCCGUUCAGCACGUUGCCCACCUUAUCAAGAACCAACGGCUGAAGUACAACUUCCAGUUCUAUCAGCUCGACUUCAACAGCGACGUACCGGUGCUGGUACUAAGCGAAGGAAGGAGCAUGCUGCCGAGUAAUUGCAACCUGCCAAUCAUACCGGAUCUGGAUGCGAUUCAGCUGAUCGACGAGACGAUUAAAGCAGGUCGGCACUACAUCACACCGAAACUGGAUGAAAUGCGCCGUUUUCUGACGACCGCCAGGCUGCGAAAAUUCGACAUGAAAACACUCGAUCCAACGCUCGUGCAGGACGAUUUCGUGCGCAUGCGUUCCGCAGACAAUGCCGUCACGAUGGAUGAUCUCCAUGCGCUGUUUGUGCUGGCACGGCUCAUCGGUGUAAGCCGCGGUCAGAAGGUCCUCUUACGCGAACACUGGGAGCGAGCGAAGGAACUCGAAAAAGAGCGCCACAAUCGGUUGGAGAUGUUUGUGAAGCGUAAAAGCGAAAUCUAG